UUGAGAUUAGAAGUUUCAUCCUAAAGGCAGAGGGCGUGACUAUAAGUGGGCGCAAACUGACCCUCCCCCGUCCUCUGCUCUGUUCCUUCAGGAAAUCCUGAGAUGCAACAUUGGAGGUGGUGGUGGUAGCCUACUUACCUCAAGAAGUCCACGAUCUUUGGCAAACGCUUGUAGACAUUUCAAGCUAAUUUACUUACUUACGCCCGCUGGGGGUGGGAGCGACAUCAACUUGAUGACUUCUGUGGAGAGAUUCCCACAGCAAUGUCUCCCCUACCCUCGCCAAACUUCGUGGGAACGGAUUCAGGUCUGGGAACCUGCGGCACUUGCAGGAUAUCUCUGAGCGCCAACGAUACGAACCCGCUGUUGUUACCAUGCCUACACUCAGUGUGCACUAACUGCAUACCUCCACCAAAUCAAGAGGUUGCGGUGUGUCCGGUGUGUGGAAUGUUAUUCUCCCUUCAAAGUGUCACACCCCAUCCUCUCUUCUGCAAUGUCACGUCCAUGUCAUCCUCCCAGAAAUGUGGGGGGUGUGAGUGUGCUGCGGUUGAGGGCUGGUGUGUCGAGUGCGGAGAGGCGCUGUGUGUGGAUUGUGUGUCGGCGCACAGGAGGGUACGGAUGACCCGAGACCACACCAUAAAGACCCAGGUGACCUCCUCAGGUUUUGCCAGGAAGACAUACUGCCCCAUCCACAAGGACGAGCCUUACAAGCUCUAUUGCAUCACCUGCAGCCAGCUCACCUGCAGGGACUGCCAACUCACACUGCACAGGAGCCACAGUUUCCAGUUUGUGGGGGAGGUGGUUUCGGAGCGCAGACAGAAGCUGGAGGCUCUGGUCCACAGAGUGAAAGAACAGAGAGCGUAUACCCAACGCUGCAUCCAGGAUUUGGAAGGACGGCUGCUGGAUCUGGAGGACGAGAUGGACGGCUUCAAACAGAAUGUGAAGGAAGCGCUGAAGGAGAUCCGGGACAUACUGGUUCAGACUGCCAUGAAGCUCAUGUCCGACACUAAGGUGAUGUACACUUCGGAACUCGACCGCCUGAGGGGGCAGCAGUCGGUGCUGCAGAAGCUUCUGGAGAGGCAGGCGUACCUACUGGCCUUCAGUGAGAAGACCCUGGGCAGCAUGGACCAGCUUGUGCUGCUGUCCUGUGCAAAUCAGGUCCAGCAGGAGCUGCAGACGGUGUUGACCCAGAUCCCUCCACCCUUCGCCCACAUGCUGCAGGUCUCCCUCCACCUCAACAAGCAGGAGGUCGAGACGGCCCUCAGCCACUUCGGAAAGGUGUCAUGGAGGCUCAUUCCGUUUUCCUGUUCCAAAAAGAACAGGCCUCCUAAGAAACCCAAAGAGACCCCUCUUAUUCCUGGUCAGUUGACGUCCCUGGAACCGCUAUGCACGCUGCGGCCUGCAGGGGGUGCUCCUGCUGUCCCCCCCACCGCCACCAGAGGGAGCUCUGUGCCGUCGACUCCCACGAAGGUUAUGGCAGAGAGCACGACCUCGUCCCCUGGAUGCAGCGAGGGAAGAGCUGGACUGGAUUCGGUGACGAGUAUGGAAUGUGAGCCUUCGUCCACCAUGCCAGACUCUGUGGGCAAACCCAGCUCUCCACCGGAGAGUCCCCCUCUGGUGGACAUGGCUGGUGUCACCGCCACAGCUAGCAUGGAGAGACUAGCACCAUCGGACGAACAUAGCGGGGUAACUGCCCUGUCUGGAAGUUCUCCUACCCCGCCGAUCAUCAGCAGCUCUGGCGGGGGCUCUGCCAGUGAGGAGACACCUGUUGUGGUCGUGCAGGACCGGCCAAUCAAGGGAUGCGCUGAAGCUUUGCCUCAGGAGGUAGCCGCUACAGGCACUGCUAGCGAAAUGUGCCGCUUCAGAAGGACAGACUCUGAGGCUGUGGAGUCUUGUGAGCGCGUGCAAAGGGACUCUGAGGCUGUGGAGUCUUGUGAGCGUGUGCAGAGGGACUCUGAGGCUGUGGAGUCUUGUGAACGUGUGCGAAGGGACUCUGAGGCUGUGGAGUCUUGUGAGCGAGUGCAGAGGGACUCUGAGGCUGUGGAGUCUUGUGAGCAUGUGCAGAGGGACUCUGAGGCUGUGGAGUCUUGUGAACGCGUGCGAAGGGACUCUGAGGCUGUGGAGUCUUGUGAGCAUGUGGAGAGGGACUCUGAGGCUGUGGAGUCUUGUGAGCAUGUGGAGAGGGACUCUGAGGCUGUGGAGUCUUGUGAGCAUGUGCAGAGGGACUCUGAGGCUGCGGAGUCUUGUGAGCAUGUGGAGAGGCAGGAGACUAGAUCCCCGGAUGUGCUCGUAGUUCAACUCUGCUCCUCACACACAGAGACAGACACCAAACAUCUAGAGGAGGAGGAGGAGGAGGAGGAGGAGGAGGUGUCAAAAUGCCCAAUUAUUAUUACGAAUGUACAAGCUGUGGGGGCGGUUGUGUCGGAGGAGAAGUUGGAGUGCACAGAGGGGGUGGUGUCUGAUGAGGUCACACCAGGAGUGGGCUCGUGUCUACAGGAAGAGGAGUCAAAGGUCAUAGAGUCUGAAUGUCCUGUUAUGGGGUCAUGUGAACAAGGGGAGGAGUCUGAGCAUGUGCGUGAGGUGGAGUCUUUCGGUGCCACUACUGAGCGUGUGCAGGAGUGCGAGUCUCUCGGUGUCACUACUGAGCGUGUGCAGGACUUGGAAUCUGUCAGUGUCACCACUGAGCAUGUGCAGGAGUCUUUCCAUGUCAGUACUGAGCAUGUGCGGGAGCGCGAGUCUCUGGGUGUCACUACUGAACAUUCAUGGGAGUUUGAGUGUGUUGGUGUCACUACUGAGCGUGUGCGGGAGUCGGCGUCUCACAGUGUCACUGCUGAGCAUGUCCAGGGGGUGGUCUCUGAUUGUGUCAACACUGAGCAUGUGCAAGCGGCUCCACCAGACGUUUCUGAGAGAGACCAAUCAUCUAUGGCCCCUUCUGAUCCUUCGCCUCUGCCUCCAUCUCCAAAAACUCUCUGCCAGGAGCGGCCAACUCCGUCUUUCCUGAAAGCUUUGAAUCUGACAAGGAGUCCAGGAUUGGUCAGAAAUCCAGCAUUUUCUGCUUCACAGGGAACAGUUGCAGCUGGACAUGAAACUGACACCAUCAAUAGCUACUGCUGCCCUCUAGAGGAUGAAGACUUUGAUGAAGAGGAUGAUUGUAUUGAUGUAGAAAUGCAAGAUGAAGAAAUCUACCAUCUCUUACCAAAGAAGCAUUGGCUACCUCAGGUGUCAGUCUACCACAUGCCCCUCCCCUCCAUCUCUACUGGUCAGCCUCUACCUCAGUUCCGCUUCCUCCAGGUGGAAGGUUCUAUGGAAUUUCUGAUCCAGGAGAUACCUGAGGAUAAUGAGUCUGCAGAGCGCAAGACCCACACUGUCCAGCAGAGGCACUGUGUGGUGUGCCACGUGGAGGGCAUGCUGUACCGCUGUGCCACCUGUAACCGUGGAUACCACAAAGGAUGCCACAUACCGCCCCUCAUCACCAAACUCAGUGAAGGCUGGGUGUGUGGCCUGUGUCUGGAUGUGUCGGCGGAGGUGAGACGGCAGGACUGCUUUGAGGGAGGAUCCUGCAUGAGCGUUCAGGACCAGAAGAUAUGUGAGUACUUGCUGCUCUCACUGUGGUGCAGCAAAUACAGGCCUGUACUUUUCAUGCAAAAUCAGGAGUCGGCCGUGAGCAUCAUGCUCAUCCGCGGCCGGUUGCUACAGAAACUAGCGCCUCCGUACCGCACCCCUUCGGAGUUUGUGUCCGACAUCUGGCUCCUGCUGGACUUCCUGCUCAAGAGGGCAAAGUGGAAGGCGGAGUGUGAGAAGCAGGUGAAGUCGCUGCAGAUGAUCUUCUCCCGGCGGCUGCAGCGUGUGUUCGGCCUCAGCCUCCACCCGUCCCUCCUGCGCAACCCCCACCGCCAGCGGCCCCGGGGCCGGCCUCGCAAGCAGCCCGAGAGGGCGCCCGAGCGGGGGAAGGAGAGGAAGGCGCAGCGGGACGGCGAGAGGGAGAGGAAGGCGCCGCCUGACGAAGGGAGGGAGAGGAGGACGGAGAGGAGAGCGGAGCGAGGCGGAGCGAAAGCGGGAAGGCCGGGAAAUGCCGGGAAGCGGAAAGCUGGGAGGAAGGAGAAAGAGCGGCCGCCAACGCAGUCGCAGAUGCGAAGGCAGACACAGGCACAGAAGCAGUCAGAGAGGCUGUCGCAGAUGCGGACGCAGUUACAAACGCAGGCACUGACACGGUCACAGCCACAGGUGCAAACGGAGUCACAGACACCGAUGCAAAUACGGACACAGCCACACUCGCAAAUGACUCAAAUGACGCAGUCUGCUGCGCCCAGGACUAGUGAGUGGCCAUCGUCAGGCGUGCAGCGGUUCAUCCUCCUGGAGAAGACCAACGGCCGAACCCACACAAGGGCUGAGGUGAUGAGGCUUCAGCCACACACGUAAGCAUCUUCCAUGCCCACAACACACACACACACACACACACACACACACACACACACACACACACACACACUUUUACUACACUACUGAGCUAGCCAAUCUGUGCGCUUAUGCAUUCAUAUACACAAGCACAAGGAUAACCUCACACACACACAUGGACUGCUAAGGUGCCUUACACACACUAAAGACUACUGCAUGAGAUGUGUGCAGUGAUAUGGAGUGGCCAGCGUUUGUGUUUGUAAUGGCCAGUGUUCUAGUGUGCAUUUUUCUUAAAAGUAUGUUUUCUAUUCUUGUAUUUUAUGUAUAUAGUUUAUACCGGGUGUGUACACUGAGGGUGAAUAAA